AUGCGGCUGUCAUUGCUCAUAUUAGCACUAUUUUCGAGUUGUUGUUGUGCCUUUAAGAUUCUUGUGUGUAUUCCGAUGUUUGGUUAUAGUCAUGUUCAGACGAUGGGUCGAUUAGCCGAUAUUUUGGUAGAGCAGGGGCAUGAGGUGGUGAGUUGGCAACUGCGAUUUCUAGGGUUGGAACCUUGACAUACACAUUCUCAAGACGCGGCUCCUUGUCAGAGUGAAUCUCUAGGCUUGGACCCUUGGUGUAGACACUCUAAAGGCGCGGCUAUUUGAGAUACCGGUUCUCUAGACGCGGAUACUUGAGAACUAGGCUAUCUCGGCUCGAACUCUUAUACAUUCUCAAGGUGCGCAGCCUUGACAUAGUGGAUCUGUAGAUGCCUGCCCUAGACAAUUAGGCUCUCUAGGCUCGGCUACUUGACAACAGGGAUUUCUAGGCGCGGCUCCUUCACAGUGAUGAUAUUCAGAUUCUAGCUCUAGACAACUAGGCUCUCUAGGCGCGGCUACUUGACAUUUUUCAUAGUUUUUUGUCCAAAAACUUUCCAAUCACAUGUUGUUUCGGUUCAUCAAAUUCUCUAAUUAGUUUUCAAAAAUAAUCCAAAUGACCUUCCAUCAAAUUUGCAACGAUGACAAUUUUUUGUACCUGACUAUAGACUAUAAAAUAUAAAAAUUUUUUGAAAAUAUAGUCUAAUUUUUGUACAAUUGUCAUCGAGCAUUAAAAAUGUACAAAAAAUUCGAACAAAAAUUUUUUAUUCAUUAAAAAAAAAUUUCAAUUUCGUACAUUUUGUACAUUUUUGGGAUUGCUUGAAAAUUUCACAUUUUUUUCUUUUUUUUUAAUUAAUUCAAGUCGAAAAAAAAUAAUAAAAAACGUUUUUUUACAAAAAAAAUUUUGAAUUAAAAAAAACAAUUUUACAAAUUAAAAAAAAAUUUUAAAUAUAAAAAAAAACAAAAAAAGUUUUUUUUUAAUUUUUUUUUCAACUUGAAUCACCCCAUUAUAGACCUUCCUAAUGCCAAUUGCCAACGAGGCAGCUGGUAAUGGCACAAAGUUAGCGAAAGUCGUGUUAGUUCCACCGAAUGAAGAAGUUGUUGCAUUCAACAAAGAAGCAGCUAAGAGUGGAGUUGUUGCUCAAUUAUGGACACAUUCUGCAAAUUCAAAACAAGGAAUUAUGUGGUCAACUGAUUUUAUUGGAAUCACAUCGUAUUUGAAUACAAAACUAAUGUUGAAUGAUGCAAAAUUGAUUGAUUCGAUGAAAAAUGAGAAGUUUGAUAUUGGCCUAACGGAAUUGUUUGAUUUCAGUGGUGUCGCGUUUUUUCACGCGAUCGAUUUGAAGAAUGUGAUUGGUGUGCAUACAACUAGUGUAUUUGAGGGAACUCUUCUCGCCACUGGUGCUCCGAUUCUUCCCUCAUUUGUUCCCGGAUCGCAAACUUUUACCGAUGACUCCGGAUCGAUUUUAUCCAGGGUGUACAAUAUCUAUAUGACAUAUUGGUCUUACAAAUUUCAGGAUAAAUUGUUGGGUUAUGUUCAGAAGGCGGUGGAUGAGCAUUUUGGGAAGAAACUGGCGCCAAAUCUAUGGGUGAGUUAUGACGUGACAACUUUUAAUAUGAGUAAUGCAUAUGAGCUAUGACGUGGCGAAUUUGGAAUAUUUUCAACAAAUUUUUGAUAUGAGCAAUGCUGGAAUUUUGAAACACUGUAAAUUCAUAUUAUUCGAAAUACGAAAAAUUCUAAUCUGAGCAAUGGUUUUUGGGCGUUGCUCAUGUUUGCAAGCUAGAAGCUUGCUUUAGGCUCAAUAUAAGAUUUCUUUUAGGCUUAGGCGUAGCCAAUACCUUAGGCUUAGGCUUAGCCAAUACCUUAGGCUUAAUGAAGAUUCUAGGCUUAGGCUUAGGCAAGAUCUUAGGCUUAGGCUUAGCCAAUACCUUAGGCUUAAUCAAGAUUCUUCUAGGCUUAGGCUUAGGCUUAGCCAAGAUCUUAGGCUUAAUUAGGCCGUGUUAGGCUUAGACUUAAAUAUAUUUAAGAUCUAAUGCUUAGGCUUAGCUAAAAUCUUAGGCUUAGGCUUAGCUAGUACCUUAGGCUUUAAUAAGAUCUGAGGCCUAGGCUUAGGCAAGAUCUUAGACUUAGGCUUAGCCAAUACCUUAGGCUUAACGAAGAUGCUAAGCUUAGGCUUAGUCGGUACCUUAGGCUCCUCAAAAACCUGUAUCUCUUCAGGACCUCGUGUCCGACAUCACAUGGUUCUUCGUGAAUUCCGAUCCAAUCUUCGACUUUCCCAAACCAAUUCCUCACAACAUUGUUGAAAUCGCCGGAAUUUCUGUGUCAAAAACGAAACCACUCGACGAUUAUUGGAAUUCUGUCAUGAACAGAAGACAAAAGACGGUGCUUGUCUCAUUCGGCUCAAUUGCAUCGCCGAAUACAAUGCCCGAAAAUGUCAAGAGCUCGAUUUUCGACACGUUCCGCGCUUUUCCAGAUGUUACGUUUGUGUUGAAGUUUGAUGAUUCGCAAAAUCCGAUUGGUAUUGAGAAUGUGGUGACUGCCAAGUGGAUGCCACAAAAUGAUUUGUUAGGUGAGCAGCGCAUUUUUAUAGGCGACAUUUUUGGCUGCAUGAAAAACGAGCCGCAUGGCCGAGUGGAUAGCACAUGUGCCGAGCGUGCGCGCCGGUUUUGCAGGGUUCGACCCACACCCGGCGCAUAACUUUUUUUCUUUUUUUUUCAGCUGAUCCACGUUUAUCAUUAUUCUGGACACAUGGUGGAAUGGGAAGUUUGAUGGAGAGUGCACAGAAAGGUGUUCCUUUGGUUAUAGUUCCAAUUUUCGGAGAUCAAAUGAGAAAUGCGGAAAUUGCGAAAAGGCAUGGAGCAGGUAAGAUUUUUUUAAUGGAAAAAAACUCAUUUUUAAGAAGAAAUCUGAUUUUUCUAUAUUUCCAGCCGUGAUCUACGAUAAAAUGGACCUCGCAAAAACGCCAAAACUAAUCGCAACAAUUCGCGAAGCCUUGGAAAACCCCAGCUACAAACAAUCAGCGGUGCUACUCGCCGAAAUCCUUGCCACCGAAAGAGUCUCGCCGCAGGAGAAAAUUCGUGACGUCAUCAAUUUCGCCGGUAAAUUCGGACCGCAAAAACGAUGGACUUCCGCGUCGAAAUCGUUCACCCUGUCGAAAUAUUUCAAUAUUGAUUUAGUUGUUUAUGGAGUUAUCCUAACUUGUAUGUUUGUGAUUAGUUUGUUGAUUUUUGUUAGGUGGAUUUUUGCACAGAUUUUUUCUGUUAAACCAAAAAAUGAGUAA